AUGCGAGCGCGGGCGCGAGGCGACGAUUGCGGGGCCGGCGGCGAGUGGACGAGGCGUAGGAGGCGCGAGCACUCGUGCACGACAAAGGCCGGCGGAGGCGAGCGGCUGGCGGCGGCGGGAGCAGAGGACGACGCAGGCACGUCGGGCAAGGGGGCAGCGUGCGGUGGCGCGGCGGAGUGCGUGCAGUGCCGUGGCGGGUCGCGAGCUCCAGCGAGCUCGGGCGGCAGCCGGGGAGAGAGGAGGAGAGGUCGGGCUUCACUUGCAGUGCAGGGAAGCGGCAGCGUGCUCGAGGAGGAGGACGAGGACGGGGCGUCCGACGAGGUGACCGCGAGGCGCCGGUGUCGGGGAAGUUCGUCGCCGACGCGCAGCUUGUCCGCGGCAGCAAGGUCGUCGGGAAACGCUGGGCAGCAGCUACGUUGGAAGGCGGUGGUCAGCGCCGGCACGGGAAAGUCCCCUUCUUUAAUCGGUCAAUCAUCAGGUGGCGUUUGUGGGUACAGCAACCUGUAUGACCAGGGGUACGGCGUCGACAACGUGGCACUCAGCAUGGAGCUCUUCGACGACGACGCGUCGUGCGGGCAGUGCUACCUCAUCAUUUGCAACACCAGCAAGACGUGGUGGUGCAAGCCCGGCACCGCCGUCACCGUCUCGGCCACCAACCUUUGCCCGCCCAACUGGGCCCUCCCCGGUCACAACGGCGGCUGGUGCAACACACCGCGGCAGCACUUUGACAUGUCGCAGCCAGCCUGGGAGAAGAUCGCCAUCUACCGCGCCGGCAUUGUGCCCGUGCUCUACCAGCGUGUCAAGUGUUGGCGCCAGGGCGGGUCCAGGUUCACCGUCGCCGGCUUCAACUACUUCCAGCUCGUGCUCAUCACCAACGUCGCCGGCAGCGGCUCGGUGGCCAUGGCGUCCAUCAAGGGCUCCAACACAGGGUGGAUCCAGAUGUCCAGGAACUGGGGUGCCAAUUGGCAGUGCCUCUCCGGGCUUGCCGGCCAGGCGCUGAGCUUCGCCGUCACGACCACCGGCGGGCAGUAUCUGCUCUUUGAAAACGUUGUGCCGGCUUGGUGGAAGUUUGGCCAGACGUUCACCACCUACAAGCAGUUCGACUAUUGA